AUGGAGAAUGUGAAACUAGUUGAGAAGGUUGUAAAUGCACCAGAAAAACUGAAACAGCCCCGGAGACUUUUCUUAUCAAACAUAGACCUGGCCCUUGUUGUGUACCAAGAGACGGUUAUCUUUUUUGAUCCUCCAAGCAAUGGGAUGAGCUUCUCCGAGGCUUAUCAUAGCUUGUUUCACACACUCGGUCCCUUGCUAGCUGAAUAUGAUUUCUUAGCCGGGCGGCGUGUGCCAAGUUUGGAAGACAGCAAUCACUUUGAAAUCGAAUGCAACGGUGCAGGUGUUGUUGUUGCUGCAGCUAGGACAGAUACCAAGCUGGAUGAAUUUGGUGAGCUUUUGGUACCCAAGAAAGAGUUCAGGCAGUUUGUUGCUUUCUUGCCACAAGAGGCUGAGGAAAUGGAUCACAAAGAUAAGCCCCUUGUGUCGUUUCAGUUCACUCAGCUUGGAUGUGGAAGCCUAGUGUUUGCCUCCAGGUUCAAUCAUUGCGCAGUCGAUGGGGUUGCAGUCCGGGAGUUUGAGGCAAAUUUGGCAGCUCUAACUCGCGGUGUCGAUGUUCGCAAACAAGUUGUGCCUCCAGCCCCACCUGGAUUUGCUGGAAAUGCAUUGGUUCCUGCCUUUGCACAUGCAACUGUGAAGGAGAUUAAGGAGGAAGAUGACUCUACCCUUGUAAGGAAGGUGCAAGAAGGGGUAGAGAGAUUGGAUGAUGAGUAUGUGAGGUCAGGGAUAGAUUGGUUAGAGGUGAAUAAAGGGGUACCUUGUGAAGAAGAUAGCUUCUCACUUGUGUCAUGGUGGAAAUUGGGGAUAGAGCAUGGUGAAUUCUCCUGGGGAAAAUUUAAGUGCGCCACAUUGGUUCUACUCAAGCCGGGCCUUGUCAUGCUGCUGCCAGUACCGGAAGGAAAGGGAGGCCUCAGCAUAUGCCUGGAACUACCUGAUGAUCAAAUGGAGUUGUUCUGCAGGUUGAUGCUGGGCGAAUAG